AUGGAGAUUAAGGAAGCCCAGAAACCUGCCAUGUUUAUGGCGGGGCUAACUCUUUUACAGUCUCUCCGUGUGGCUUUAAGUGGAGCAAAGUUUGCGCUUGAUAGAUUUAAAAUUCCGCAGCAGUAUGCUAGUUCGUUCAUUAACAUGGUCCAUAAUCCUAUGGAACUGGCAGCGUUUACUGGAAUGGGUAUUAUGACUGUUAUAGCACUUUGUUGGAAUGAUGAAAAAUCCAAGAAAUGUUUCAGGUACUUUGCUGCUAUAACGAACGUGACACUGUGCUUAUCCUUCAUUCUACUCCUCUAUGCAUUUACAUCUGGAGGUCAAAUGGGAGAUCUUACUUUCUACUACUGGGCUAUAGUAUUGGCCUCAUUUAUUUAUGGAAUGAAUGUGGCGUGUGUAAUGAAUGUUGGAAGUGACAAUGCGGCCCUUUUCAAUGUAGGAAUCCCUCUCUCUGGAAUUCAGGUUUCUGUCUACUACUUUAUCUUUACUAAGCUCGCUGAGUGGCGUAACUGGUCAAACGUUAGUUACUGGAUUAUAUUCUGGCAGCUCAUAAUUGCAAUACUGAUAUCACUUGCCACAGCCAUUGUCUGGAUUGUCGCCUAUACACCAGGAAGUGGUAGUAGUAAUACUGCUCCUCAAGAUUUUGGUGAAGAUGCUGCCUUGUCUCCGAUAUUCAUGGGAAUGGUUGGAAUGGGUGGUAUAUAUGCUUUCUAUCCGGCCAUAGCUCCUUAUAAACUGACUGAUGUUGGCACUGGUUACAACAUCGAUCUCGUUGUCUUAUUCAUGAGCGCAGUUCCAGGUAUUGCGAUUGCAGCUUUAUGCCUACAGGGAAAAGGUCCAGAUAAAAAUUGGAGGACUAAUAACGCUCAGUUUUGGCACGCUGCUUGGAUUUUGGCGAUUCCUCACAUUACUGCCAUGAUCUUGUGCCUUGUUACACUUCAUUAUCCCGAUGGUAGAGUGGCAAGUUCCAUUAAGAGCAGUGGAGCAUUUGUCGGAGUGAUUACCAUUACGCUAAAGUUUUGUGAAGAGGGGUUAAAGGCAGUGUCAUAUGCUGGAGCCGGAAAGCAAGUAGGUAAAUAUUGUGACUGCAAAAAAGAAAACAACUGUCAAUGCAAAAACUCAGGGGGAGGAACCUGCAAAUGCCAAGAGACAUGCAUCUGCCAAACCAAUUGUACCUGUAAAUGCUGUAAAGAUAAGGAUGGUGGUACUAUUUCCUCUUUUAAUGCGUUCACAUCCCAAUUUUUAAUGAUAGUCUUGGCUUUUACUGGAGAUGGUUACCUUAAGACUUAUUCCAAGUAUGAGCAUGAUCGGAGUAAGUGGCCUACUAAAGACUUUGGAACGCUUAAAUCUAUCUGCUACUGGGCAGGUAGUGGAGCAUAUGUGGCAUGUAAGAGUGUUAAGUCUUCCUUUACUAAGAAUGUCAGAUGCAAGGUUUUAGGGAAGUCGGAAGCUUUACUCAUUGUCUAUGAAGAUCAGGAAUUUUAA